GCCGCAAUGAUGCGUUUGAGGCUGAAAAUAGCCAGGCUCAGAGACCCUCAUAGACAGGCAUCUGAACACUGUCCCACAAUUAUGUUCUAUAACAACCUAUUCCUCGAUAAGUAUGCAGUCGCUGGAAUUUCUCGUUCCCACAGCUGCUAUCGUCACCGACCGUUCAACCUCAAGACUUGGCAACCCGGCGCUUCUCUGACACCUCGCCUGGUUCGAUGUGCGAUGUCAACCAUUGCCAUACGCGCCGUGCUAGAAGAUGGCUCUGUGGAAGGUGUCCCAGAGGAAGAUCUCUAUAGACAUACUAGGCAUCGCUGGCUGUACGUGUACGAGUCUCUAAAUUAUGUGUAUUGAUCAGUCAGGUACAAUGAGGCGCGCAACCUGUCACAGCGAUAUCUCAAAUUCAACCUGCAAGGUCUUGUACAAGUCGCUGUUGAAGCAGCGUCCAAAGAGGGUGCCCAACACUGUACGGAAGUCCUCAAAUGCAAAGAGGGAAUGAACAAUAGAGCAUAUUUGCUUAAGAUGGACAAUGAUUCGGUGGUAUUCGCCAAAUUACCAAACUCGAUUGCGGGACCGCCGUUUCACACCACAGCAUCAGAAGUCGCCACACGGACCUUUCUGGCCGAGGUCUUGGAUAUCCCAACCCCUCGCAUACUGGCUUGGUCUGCUCGAAAGGCUAAUCCGGUCGGAGCAGAAUAUAUACUGGAAGAAAGAGCUUCAGGUCAACCCCUGGGGGCAUUGUGGCAGGAUUGGAACAAACUGCCACUGUUGAAUCGCUUUGGUAUUAUAAGGGAAAUUGUCAAAAUGGAGCGUAAGCUUGCAGAAACCAUAUUUCAGCACUGUGGCUCGAUAUAUUUCAAGGAUGACUUUCCCCGUGGUGAGGACAUCAAGCUAGCAGAUACUUGUACAGUAUCACCUUCGACGCUUGGGAGAUAUACUUUGGGGCCCAUGGUCGGUAUAGAUUUUUGGCAAGAGGCGAAAGCUGGCAUGGACCUGGACCGUGGACCCUUCAACGGUCCCCUGGAAUUUCUUAAAGGUAAAGCCGUGGGCGAAAUGAAAUUCAUUCAGAAACACGGUCGCCCGCGGUUGAAUAUCGCUCGCUCUUUGACAGAGCCUGAGCAACCCGAGGAGAUGUUAGAGCUGUUGAACCAAUACCUCCAGCUUAUUCCAGCUAUGAUACCGCCUUCUACAACAGAUGAUCUCCACGGCUCCACUCUAUGGCACCCGGACUUGCAUCUUGACAAUAUGCUUAUCGACACCAGAACAAUGCAAGUGACGAGCGUGAUUGAUUGGCAGUCUACUAUAGCAGCACCAUUCUUCCUUCAGUGUGGAGUGCCAAAGCUGUUGCUGCAUUCAGAACCUCUGUCGUUUGAUUUUUCAGCACUAAAGCGGCCUGACAAUUACAUGGACCUCACACAAGAGGAAAGGGAAGAAGCUGAUCAUCGGCGGGGAAACAAGCAUUUAUUGAAAUACUACCUCGAGAUCACGAAACGCGACAACCCAAGGCACUGGGCCGCGUUAACAUCACAUAAUGAGAUCAGAGUCCAACCCGCCAGGCUUGUGCAGCAUGUAUGGGAACAAAAUAUCAUGUUCUUUUUGAAAUUAGCACUCAUGAAGAUUGUCAACAGAUGGGAGCAGUUCUGCCCUGACGCUGGCCCAUGUCCCGUUAACUUCAAUCAGAUAGAUCAGGCCGUCUUUGAUUUUGAGGCCGAGAAUAGGGAGGCUGUAGGCUCUGUCUUGAGCCUUCUCCAGGAAAAAUACAACUUGCAUCCCGAAGGAAAUGUCGUAUCGGCUAGAUAUGAUGAGAUGCAGAUAGAGAUGAUGCGAUUAAAGGCUGGUUUUCUGUCCGGUGCAGCCGACGAAGAAGAGAGGCUUCUUGCGGAUAAGUUGUGGCCUUAUCAAGAUACUGUUGAAUCGUGACCUAUGUUAUUCUAGCAAAGUCACGGCCUCCUCAAGUAUCCAAGUUGGAGGAGAAGUUGCACCCGUCCUUGAGUAGUUGGAACACAAGUGUAUUACAGUUGGGGUAGCUCGCUAACCUUUGAAGAACUUCGUGUCUUUACAAUGUCUUCUCCAUUGAUGGCUGGUCCUCUGGUUAUACAUGGAUACAUAUAUGUGGGUGAGCGCUUUAUUUUGGCCUGGGCUUGUCUACGGCAUUCGGAUGUGAUUUUGCUUGUAACCUUUUGGUCCAUAUUGAGG